AAGCCAGCUCCUCCUCUACUACCGUGAAACGACGCGAAAAUCUUAUUAACCACGUGAAUGUAUAAGCGAACAAGUUCUUUCCACGCUUUCCAGUUAUCCGCAUCCAGAGGAAUGCGUUUGUUUCAUAGAAUACGAUGCAGUUUGGAUAUUUCCGCCGUGUGGUGCAUGUCACGGAUUUCCCGCAGAAUUAAUUUUCUGUAAUAUCUUGGUGAAUUUAUUUUAAAGACUUCACGAGGCGAAACGGGAAUUGCACAGGAAGGUGUUCAAGGUUUCCCAGAAACUUAAGGGCUGUUGAGAAAUUGACAGAUAACAGUUUUGACAAUCACUCCUUCAGUGUGUCGUACAUACUGGACGAAGAGGCAGGAAGGGACGGGGGUGUAAGACCCCAGGUCCUGCGAGGAGCAUCUAAAAUGGGGACAGGAAAUCAUGAGCAGGAGUUUGAUCAGCCAGGGGCCAUGGGACGCCCCCAGGGGCCCAGGCAUCAUCAGCAAGAGCUGCCUUUACGAAUCCUAGUGCCCACUCAGUUUGUGGGAGCCAUCAUUGGGAAAGAGGGACUCACCAUAAAGAACAUCACAAAGCAGACACAGUCCAAGGUAAAAAUCCAUCGUAAGGAGAAUGCAGGAGCAACUGAGAAGUCCAUCACUAUCCACUCAUCUAAAGAGGGCUGUUCAGAAGCCUGCAGGAUGAUCCUGGAAAUAAUGGAAAAAGAGGCCGAUGACACCAAGACUGUUGAGGAGGUUCCUCUAAAGAUCCUGGCCAACAAUAGCCUGGUUGGGAGGCUCAUAGGGAAGGAGGGCAGGAACCUGAAGAAGAUAGAGCAAGAUACUGGGACCAAGAUCACUAUUUCUUCAUUACAAGACCUGACUAUAUAUAACCAGGAACGUACCAUCACAGUGAGAGGAGGGGUGGAGGAGUGCUGUGAUGCAGAAGUGGAGAUCAUGAAGAAACUUCGAGAAGCCCAUGAGCAUGAUGUGGCUUCACCUAAUCAUACUAACAUGAUGCCAGGUCUAAACAUGAGCCCAUUGGGGAUCUUCUCCUCUGGCUUGUCUGUUCUCCCCUCAGCCUCUGGUCUGAGAGGAUCUGACUACAGCCCCCUGCUGGGCCCCCCGUCAGUAUUGGGUAGUAUGUACGGGGUUCCCUCCUCUGGAGCAUUCUCUCAUCAGCAAACAACUGCUGAACAGGAAUUGGUCUACCUCUUCGUUCCCACUCCAGCAGUAGGAGCUCUAAUCGGGAAGAAAGGGCAGCACAUUAGAGAACUGGCACAUUACGCUGGAGCCUCAAUAAAAAUUGCUGCACCAGACAAUCCGGAUGAUCCUGAGAGGAUGGUUAUCAUCACUGGACCACCAGACGCUCAGUUCAAGGCACAGGGGAGAAUAUAUGGGAAGUUGAAAGAGGAGAAUUUUUUCACAGCUAAAGAAGAUGUGAAGUUGGAGGCACAUAUAAAAGUGCCUUUGACUGCCGCUGGACGAGUCAUCGGGAAGGGUGGCAAAAUGGUCAAUGAGCUGAAGAAUCUUACCAGUGCUGAGGUCAUUGUACCACGGGAACAGACCGCAGAUGAAAAUGAUGAAUUGUCUGUUAAGAUAAUUGGACAUUUCUAUGCCAGUCAGACGGCCCAGCGCAAAAUCAGGGAGAUCGUUCAACAGGUCAAACAGCAAGAGCGGAAACACCAGCAAACGGUGCCCACACCCUCACAACCAUCAGAAUGAUCAGCAGAUGCCAGCAAGCAGCAGCUAAUGAAUGUAGCUCGUGCGAGGACAAAAAUCGAAAUUCAAGAAAUAUUUCAAGAAAUUGACAAAGGGAGAGUGAGACAGAGCGGGAAACAGAGAGAGACAGAAGCUGAUGAAGAGGACCAGCAGUUUAAAACAACCAAAGAACUUAAAGCACAAAAACAUUUGGAAGUGUGGAUAUGAAUGAAGAUGUACGAGUUUGUUACCAGGUCAGAGACUGACCUGAUAUUUCAUAUUGAGCACUUUUUAUUAUUGAUUAAGCUGAUGUGAACAUCUACUAAUUUAUUAAGAGCAAAUGUUAAAAAGAUUUUAAAAACCAUUCCAAAUGUUUAUUCAACAGAAUUUUCUUUGGAAACUCAUUUCAGGCUAUUUAAUGUGAGUAAUCAGAUUUGUUUGUUAAUCUUCUCUAGUAACUAAAUAGUAAAGCAUUAUAACUAAAAGCAUUAAGUGAUCUCAUAAAGGAACAUAAAUGAUGUAUAAGACCGCUAGCUGUAUGCCAGCAUUUCACUUCCAGUUCUUCUUUACCACUGCUGAGUCCCAGCUUUUCUCCUCUGCUUGCUGUCCUUUUCUCUUUUCUUUAAAAAAAAAAAAAAGUAUUUAUUUUAGUUUCCUUGUUCCUGACUUAUUCAUCACACAAAAUAAGAGCUGUCUGUGUGCCAACUUAAAAAAAAGUACAGUCUCUAAACAGAGGUAGCUCUAGAUCAUCUUACUUUGGGAAUAGAAUGUUGAUAUUCUCUACUGCCCAUGUAUCAUAUUAUACGCUCUUAAUAUUACCUUACACUUACCAAUCAAAAGUUUGAGUUUUUUAAAUAUAUUUUCAAAUUUUCUGAUCAAAAGUGAGUAAUGACAUUUCUAAUGUUGCUAAAUAUUUCUAUUUAAAAAAAAAAUGUUUUUAAAACUUUUUUGAUCAUCAAAGAAUCCUGAAAUGAGUAUUG